GUUCGUUCGGUGCAAGGAGUUGGCACAGGAGGUGUCUGAGGCUGUGCAGAGCGGCCGUCUGAACCUGGUGCCACAGCUGCACAGGAGGGCAUGGCAUAGCUGGCUGGACAACAUCACAGACUGGUGUGUCUCCCAGCAACUCUGGUGGGGCCACAGAAUGCCAGUGUACCACAUCACUGCAGCAGACGGCCAGGAGGUGUGAGUGGCAGCUGCUCGGAGGAAGAUGCAAGGCGGAAGGCUGUGCAGAAGGAAGACUGUGCUGCUGCAUGGCCUCCUGUGUGAUGGUGGCAGCCACAAGACAUCCAAGUCCUGGGGCAAUGUGAUAAACCCCCUGGAUGUGAUCAGUGGGGCGUCCCUGGAGGUACUGUGUGAGAGGAUGGAGGGGAGCCUGAAUACAGAAGAGGUACUCACUGGUAUCAGGAGGAACUUCCCCACAGGCAUCCCAGAGUGUGGAGCUGAUGCCCUUUGGUUCACCCUGUGCUCCACCAACUUCAAUACUGCACACCCCGUCCUGCAGCCUCAAGGCACUCACCUCUCCUUUUCCAGUCAUGGGUGCCUUGCCUCCUCCUUGCAACACCACCACCACCACCACCACCACUGCUGCCAUCACCUACGAGGGGGAGAGACUGUGAUGUGGCUGCAGGUGGCUAGGUUCGGAGGCCUCCAGAGAGCUGCCCAGAGUGAAGCUUGUGGUAUAGAGGGACAGCUGCUGAUCAUCAAGCUUACAUAGUGACUGGAGGAAAGUGGGAGGAGCCUGGAGGGAGUGAUGGAGAUACAGUAUUUGGAGAAAAUCCCUUCACCAUGACAACUGGGUGUCUGCUGUACAGGCCACUGAGCAAUGUGUGCAGGUUUGCAGUAAACCUCCCUGAAGGUUCCAGAGCUGGUCAGCAAGUGCCCCAGUCCAGGCUGUCACAAGGCUGUGUGAUGGAGGACCUUCCACUAAUACUCAUUGAUAACAGCUGUGCACUGCCACUCACAGGAAAUAUUGAGUUGCCUUGAAGCUGAGAUGAGUUGGUCAGCUAGUGAGUGGCUGCAUAACCAUUAAUAAGUGGCGCUGUGGAUAGCAAGCGGAAGAGACCUUGGGAGACUUCCGUUAAUGAGGAGCAACAAGCACACCUCACUGGAGUCUUUCAGGAACCAACAGUCAGAGGUUUGUCUUCUGUCUGUGCAAUCAAGGCUGAUGGUGGUGCCUCAUUGCAGUGCCUGAUGUGAAGGUGUCUGCAGCCAGUGGUGGGUGUCCUCUCUGCCUGGUGGUGCCUCAUUGCAGGGCUGAUGUGAAGGUGUCUGCAGCUAGUGUUUGGUGUCCUCUGUGCCUGCCUGGUGGUGCAGCCUGGUGUGUGUUGCCUGCUUCAGUGUAAAUCUUGCAAGCUAGAUCUGCCAGCUGUCUCCAGUGUAGUAUAGUGUAGGGUGCUUUGCUUUGCGUCUUUGGGAAUAAAUAAAUUUGUGACUAUCAUUCUCAUGUGAAUUAUAUAGUUUGAUAAAAUUACAGAAUGUGGUUGUUUAAACUAUAUAUAUUUGGUGGUAAACAAUUCAUGCCCCCCUAAGUAAAUAAAUUAAAUAAAUAAAUAAAUUAAAUAAAUAAAUAGGACCUAAAAUACUGAUACAACACUGAUACAAUUGAUCCCCUCUGGUCAAAAAAAAAAAGCCAGGAUAGGCCUAUUUUGGCUAAGUUUAAGAUGAAACUUGCACAUGGAAGCCCUGUCCGAGCGACUCCGGGCACAUGGAAGCCCUGUCCGAGCGACUCCGGAGUCGCUCGGACAGGGCUUCCAUGUGCAAGUUUCACCUUAAACUUAGCCAAAAAUAGGCCAAUCCUAGCCAAAAAUAGGCCAAUCCUGGCUUUUCUUUUUUUUUUUUUUUGACCAGAGGGGAUCAUCAAUUGUUUACUAGUAUUUUUUGCAUCUAUUUAUUUAUUUAUUUUAUUUAAUUAAAUUUUUUUUUUAUAAUCAGGGCUAUGAAUUUGUUACACCAGAAAGCUUACUUGCAAUUUGUAAAACAAGAUAGUAUAUAUUGUUUAAAAUCACAUUGUUAAAGUUUCUGAGGAGGCAUAUGAAUUGUUACACCAGAAAGCUGGUUUAUUUGCAACUUAUACUAAUAAUUCCUUAAGUAUGUAUAAGAUAAUGUUUAAUCACUAUUGUUUAAUCACAAAAGUUUAAUAAAAUACACACAAUUAUGAUAAAACAUGU